AUGCAGCAGGACGACGAUUUUCAAAAUUUUGUAGCUACCUUGGAAUCAUUCAAAGAUUUGAAAUCUGGUAUUUCAGGUUCUCGUAUAAAGAAACUAACCACUUACGCACUUGAUCACAUUGAUAUCGAAUCAAAAAUCAUAUCUUUGAUAAUAGACUACUCAAGACUUUGCCCCGAUUCUCAUAAAUUAGGUUCUUUAUAUAUCAUCGAUUCAAUAGGUAGAGCUUACUUGGAUGAAACGAGAUCAACUUCAAACAACAGCAGCAGUAAGCCCGGUACUUGUGCCCAUGCCAUAAGCACGUUGGGCGAAGUAAUUCAAGAACUGCUAUCCGAUGCUAUUGCAAAAAGUAAUCAAGACCAUAAGGAAAAAAUUCGUAUGCUUUUGGACAUCUGGGACAGAUCCGGUUUGUUUCAAAAGAGCUACUUGAAUGCCAUCAGGUCGAAGUGCUUCGCCAUGGAUAUAACAAAUACUACAGCAACCGCUGCCUCACAACAAUUAUCAUCGGAUCCCAAACAGAGAUCGAAACAAAUCUUAUCAAAUUUGAAGAAAAGUUCUCCCUUAAACUUGAACAUAAGUGUGCCUAUAGAUUUAACUUCCACAGAUCCAGCCAAGCAACAGACCGCUUUAUUUCACCUAAUAGCUGCUCUGCAAAAACAUUUCAAAACUUCCUCUUCACAGACCGUGGCCACUAUCACACCAUCUCAAACUCAUACAAUAACAGAAUACGGUAGCAGACGUGAACGUGAAAGGGAAAGGGAAAGGUACCAUUCUAGAAGGAAUAGAUCUAGGUCUCCCCCAGCACCUUUUCCUCAACCAUUGGCGGGAAGGAAGGACCGCUAUCCAUCCGUAGCUCAGGAUCAGUACAGCAUAGGUGCCCCUAAUACGACAUUUGGCACAAACAAUCACCAUUUAUACCCGGAUGAACUUAAUGUUUCCAAUAACCCUCAUUAUAGACCGAAACCAGUAAGCUACGACUCCACAUUACCACCCGAUCAUAUCAAAGUUUACAGUCGUACUCUUUUCAUCGGUGGUGUACCACUAAACAUGAAGGAGUGGGAUCUGGCUAACGUACUCAGGCCCUUUGCUGAAGUGCAAAGCGUCAUUUUGAAUAAUUCUAGGAAACAUGCUUUUGUAAAAGUGUAUUCAAGGCAUGAAGCUGAAAACGUUUUGCAAAACUUCAAUAAAGACGGCUCCUUACCAUUGAGAACUAGAUGGGGAGUUGGUUUUGGCCCAAGAGACUGUUGUGAUUAUCAACACGGUUACAGCAUUAUCCCAAUGCACAGACUCACGGAUGCUGAUAAAAAGUGGUCCGUAAGUGCCCAGUGGGGAGGUACUUCUGGUCAACCUUUGGUUACCGGUAUUGUUUUUGAAGAGCCGGAUAUUAUUGUGGGUGAAGGUGUUUCUUCCAAGGCAAUAUCUCAAAAGAUGCCCACUGAUUCGGGCAGAAAUGGUCCACGUUCUGGUAAGCCUAGCAAAUCUGGUAGCAUAUCUUCAAUAUCCCCAGUACCCUAUGGCAAUGCCCCACUAGCAUCUCCUCCACCGCAGCAAUACGUGCAGCCUAUGAUGCAGCAGCAAUACGGUUACGCCCCCAAUCAACCAUUACCUCCUCAAGGUCCCCCCGCCCCAGCGCCCCCUGUACCUCAGCAACAAUUUGACCCUACUGCCCAGUUGAAUUCCUUGAUGAAUAUGCUGAACCAACAACAGCAACAACAACAGCAAAGCUAA